AAGGCAAAAACAAAAUCCGAAUCCGAACGAGUCGGACGCGUUUUCGUCGCGAGUUUUUCCGCUGCCAAAUCGAACAUAAACAAUAAGUGUAAAUUGCCGCGUACAUUCAAUUUCUAUGAGAUCAAGUCAAGUGAAUUUUUUAAUUUAACGAAUCGCGUUGGUCGAGCUUUGCAAGAACCUCGGGUGUCACCGUGAUUAUUAAAAAAAGGAUUUGUGUAUACCGAAAAGGCUAAACAACUGGCUUUUUUUAAAGAAAUUUGCAUUUUCAUCUUGCGCAAAAGGCAAACACACAAAAAAUGCUGACACCGAUGAGGCCAGCGGUGGGUUGAUUGGCUGACAACCACGACGUCCACAUCCACAAACAAGAAAAAACGACCAGACACGCUCCAGUGCCAUCGAGUGGGAGGAGCGGCGGAGAGGAAGGAGCAGCAUCACCUGGCUCGACUUGAAUACGAAAAAAGCUGAAGAAAAAACUAAAAAACACACUACAAACACCCCGACACAAUGACAAAUGUUUGGAGCGGAGCCAGGCUUUAGGUGUUGAGCAGGUUUAAUCAAACAACAAAGGAAAAGCCGAGGAAGCCAACGAGGAGGAAGGACACCGCGCAGCACCUGAAUUGGACAAGAGAAAGUUCCACAAUGGAGAAACCGAUGCACCAUGCCCCUGCUCCGGCUGCCGUGGGUAAGGUCAGCCAGAUUGCCAACAUCUUCCAGCGCAAACCCAUUGAGAUCCAGCCGGUGGAGCAGCUGAGUGCUGUGGCCGCCGCCCACGCCGCUGCCGCUGCCGCCGCGGCCGCUGCCCACCACGCCCACGUCCAAGGAGCUCCUGCAGGACGGACGGAAUCCCACUCGGCCAGAUUUAAUAACGCCCGGGCUCUGUUCGAGAAGUUGGGCGUGGAGUCCAACUCGAACGUGAGUUCCCGACUGUUGAGAAGUGGUUCCCGCGAGGACAACCUGUGCGACGGUUCGGAUCGGUCGUCAUCACGCUCCUCGGAUCGCUCACAAUCGCCGCCCAAGCGGAGGACUCCCUUUCCCUCCGGAGUUUCACUCGUUCACAAUAAUAACAAUGCCGCCACAGUGGCUCAGAAUGGAGUUAUUCCGCCCGAACAGCGCUUGAGUAAUAGUAAAUUUAUUGUGGAACCAUCUGCGCCAGUUGUUCCAACUUCUGUGGUCAAGUAUCCCCAGCACAAUAUAUCCCGCUUGAAAUCGGAGGAAGUGUCACCCAUUCCACCACCAGCCAGUGGAUCAGUGAGUGCUCUAUUUGCCAGUUCAGGUGGCGAUAAGCCGGAGAAACCGGAACGCAAGUUCAACUCGCGGGAGCUGAUCGAGAAGCAGAAGAAGUGGACAUCCCAUUUUACCAAGACCAAAACCACCAGGACGCACAGUGAUCUGAAUCGUUGCGAUAUCAUACGUACAGUACCCGGAACUGGGCUGAUUAUGGAUAGUGAGAAGGUGGCCAAACCGGCGAUGGAACCGCCACAACCUCCACCAAAUGCCAGUCCCAAUCCGCCGAUGAGAAUGCAGGCUCCGCCGGAGAUUAAGCCAAGGAGCGGGAAGAUUGGCAGUCCAGUCAAAUCGCCGCCAUUGCCGCCCAUUCCGGCGGUCAAGCCAAAGAAUGUGAGUCCGGUGAAGUUCAAUCCGGACAGGCUGCGCCAAUCGCCCACUAAGACAGCGGAUAAUUCCCCACCUCCGCCACCUGCCAAAUCGGCAGCUGUGCUCCAGAGAUCCUUGAUGCAGGAGCAACAGCAGGAGCUGCUGAGGAAUGCCGGCGAUCAGGGAGUAGCACCCAUUCCGCCGGAGAAGCCACGCAAAAAGUCGGUAGAUCUCAUCGAGGAUACUCAGCCCUUGACCAACUGCUCCACGCCCUCAUCCUGCGCCUCGCCCACCAGCUCGUACAUUAUGCAGCCGGCCAAGAGAGGAUCUCUGGAUGGAGGAGGCGGAAAUGGACAGUAUCCUGGCAACGGGCUCAGCGGCAGCACCAAUUCCGCAACCUCGGGCUCGCCGGUGGCCAGUGCCUCCUCAGGACCUUCGUCUCCAGUUCACACAGAGGAUGAGAAGCAGGAGAACGAGUCCACGGAGAAGUCGGAGAUGGAGUACUAUCACAGCAGCAACUACAACAGUGUUCCCAGAAGGCGACGCAGCGAAAAUGAAGGUCGCAAAUCUGUGGACGAAACUUCGGGAUCGAACAACUCCAACCAGCAGCAGCAACAACAUUCCAUUCCGGGCUCCGCCACCGGAUCUCCCCAGCGAGUGGCCAACAAGCGCAGCAGCAUCACGGUGAACAUGCCAGCCGCCGGACUUGGCCAGCGCCCGCCGAGCAUCAUAUCGACGACCAGCCAGGAUGAGGGUGGCUUCAAUGAGUCCACGCCCGAGCUGAAGGCCAAACUGCAGCCAUCCUACGACCUGCAAACGGAGGAGCAACCGCACAGCCUGAACUACGUGGAUGUGGGCUAUCGCCUGAAUCCCGAUGGCAGCGAAAGUCGCGAGGUCUACGGAUCAGAGGCUGAACUCUACGACACGGCCAAGGUGACCGAUAUGCAGCGCAAGUUCCAUGGAGCCAAUGGUUUUGCCCAGGAAUCGAGCACUGUGUAUGCCAUUAUCAAGCCGGAUGUGCAGGAAUCCCAGCCUGUGGCUCCCUCGCGAGCGGUUCACCUCCAGUCGCCCACUUCCUCGAGCGUAGAGGGAUCCCCUCUUCAUCGUGGAGUCUAUAACUCCCCUCCAGUGGGAGUGGUUUCACCCAUAAGGCGGCGCAACAGCAGCAAUCAGGAUCAGAGCGUGGGUGGAGGAGGUAGUGCCAAGUCCACGCCACCCUGCUCCCCCGCCCGCUCGGCCUUGGUCAAGGGCAUCGCCCCCAUUGCCUCCAUCGAUGCCCACGAAGAGGAGGAACUGGAUCUCGAGGAGGAGGACGAGCACCUGGCCGUCGAGUAUGUGGAGGUGUUGGAACUGCAGCAGGACGACGACGAGGAAGAGGAGGCUCCUGUCCUGCCGGAACGUAGAGCUCCCGUCCAAAGUUCCCUGGAACUGCAGGAUUUGGAAUAUGCGGAUACCAGUGCUGGCGAGGAUGAGGAGGACAUCAUCAACCACUUAAAGGGCGACGAUAUACUGGAUGUGGAGCUAAUCGACGAUGUCGUCGAUGAAGUGAUCAAGGUUCAUGUGAACCACAGUGUGGCCAUUGCUCCUCCAAUUCAAACUGCUGCUCCGCCUGCAGCGAUUCCACGGGAGGACAGCCUGCCGGAUGACAUGACCGCCGCCGAAGCCGAACGACUGUUGAGCUCUAGCAUUUUGGAAAACAAAAUCAGACAACAGUCGCUGCUGUCGGACGAACAGGCCAAGGAAGUCGAGCAAAUACUCAACGCCGCCCCCAGUGUGGGCGUGGCAGUUGCUGCCGUUGUUGCCACAGCAACAUCGCCGACCAGCAUCAAGAAUCUCAUUGAGGAUUUGCCCGGGCAAUCAUCAGUGGCCGCCGCUGCCAACGGGGAGCAGGACAUCCAAAUUGCAGCUGUCCCUGCGAUUGUCGAGGAGGACGAGGACGAGGAGGAGGACGAGUUCCAGGAGGAGGACGACGAGGAGGAGGACCACGCUAGGGCCGAGUUCGAUGCCAACGGCGGCGAUGCUGACGGCGAUUCCGAUGACGUUGAAGCCGUGGACAUUGUGGGCUUUGGCCAUGCCUCCAGCGCUCUGAAUGCCACCUUCGUCAAGGCCGACAGCACGGAAACAGAGACCACCACCACCACCCCCUCGACGGCCACCACAGCCACCACUCGCCACGACGACGACGAGCCCGAGUGGCUAAGAGAUGUCCUUGAGGCACCCAAGCGCAGUCUAGAGAAUCUGCUAAUCACUUCGGUAACUUCAGGAAGAGGUCAACGAGAAGAGCUAGAAAACGGCUAUGAUCUGCAAGAGAAACAUUCCGAUCUAAAUCACACAUACGUGACCAGUGGAGAAUCGCUGCACGAGUCGAUAGUAUCCGUGGAGUCCACGCAAUCGGAUGCCACACUCAACCAAACCACUACCAUCGACGACAGCAUCAUCUCCAGCAAGCACAAUUCCACUUAUUCCCUGGCAGAUGCCGAACAAGCCAUCAACUCGACGGUUCUGAGCACUGGGGUCACCGAACUCGACGACAGUCAGUACUAUAUCCCGGAAUAUCCGCCUGUGAGGAGCAAGGAAGUGCUCGUAGAGGCGGGAGUGCAUUACUUCGAAGAUGGCAACUUCUGGAUGGAAGUGCCUGGUCUUUUAGACUUUGACGACGACGACUGCUCUUAUCCACCCAUUACUGUGCGCAAGAAUCCUAAAGUUCGCUUUAGUUCCGGACCCAUCCACGUGUACUCCACUUUCUCCGUCAACGACUACGAUCGCCGGAAUGAAGAUGUCGAUCCUGUGGCCGCUUCAGCGGAAUACGAGCUCGAAAAGCGCGUGGAGAAGAUGCACGUCUUCCCCGUGGAAUUGAUGAAAGGUCCUGAGGGUUUGGGUCUCAGUAUAAUUGGCAUGGGCGUUGGCGCCGAUGCAGGCUUAGAGAAACUAGGAAUCUUUGUGAAAACCAUAACCGAUAACGGAGCAGCAGCCAGAGACGGUCGCAUUCAGGUCAACGAUCAGAUCAUUGAGGUGGACGGCAAGAGUCUCGUGGGUGUCACCCAGGCAUAUGCAGCUUCAGUGCUGCGCAAUACUUCCGGUCUAGUCAAAUUCCAAAUCGGACGCGAGCGCGAUCCUGAAAACUCUGAGGUAGCCCAGCUCAUACGACUGAGUUUGCAGGCAGAUCGCGAGAAGGAGGAGCGCUUGAAGCGUUAUUUUAGCCAACAAGAGGAGUACCUGCGCCGCACCCUCGACUAUUCCGAGGACUCCACCCAGCCGGUUUCGGCCAAUUCGAGUGUCUGCGAGGGACCAUCGAGUCCCGUACAAGUGGAGCAUCCCAUGGAGGUGGAGGCCACCCAUUCGCAGGAGGUAGAGUCGCUCAAGCGACUGCUACAGGAGAGCGAAAUGGGUUGUCUGGUAAAGGAAGAGAUUAUUCAAAAUCUAAAACGAAAGCUGGUCAAGCUCGAGACGACGGGAAAUGAGAACGAGUUGCUUAGUGAGCGGCUCCGGCAAAGUGAACGGGAGCUGGGCAACAUCCGGAAGGAGGCGGCCAACCUGCAGAACAUGCUGCAGCAGUCCCAGGGUCAGUACAUGGCGCUGGACAAGAAGUACAACAAGGCCAAGCGGCUGGUGAGGGAGUACCAGCAGCGGGAGCUGGACAUGUGCCAUCGCGAGGAGUUCUACCAGCAGCUGCUCCAAGAGAAGGACACCGAGUACAAUGCGCUGGUGAAGAAGCUCAAGGAUCGGGUGAUCAAUCUGGAGCACGAGCUGCAGGAGACGCAGCGCAAGGCUGGUUUCCCCGUGGGUCUGCCCUACGACAGUGCCACCCUGAAGCUGACCCCCCAAAUGAUGCGCAAGACUCCGCCGAAGCCACUCUUCCACAAGCUGGAGACAGAGCUGUCGGACACGGAGAUUUCCGAUCUCUCACCCGAUGGCGAUGGAGUAAAGACAGCCACUGUGGAACGUAAGGUCCCAGUCAAGGACGAACUAGAUGCGGCUGUGCCGCAGCACGAGCUGCUGGAUAACUCGGUUAACAAGACCAAAAUCGAUCUGGCCUCCCGUGGUGGUUUAGCCAAUCGCCAGUUGCCCUCAGCCAAUGGAAACAGCAGCACUUCGAAUGGAGGCGCCAGUGAUCUUGGCCAGCUUUCGAAUGGGAAUCUCCUCAAGCGCAGCCGCAGCAACAGUCGCAGUUCGGAUUGCACCCUGGAUGACACGGAUGAGGAGGAGGAGCGUGAGGGAUCGGCUUUGAAUCUGGCAGGAGCUCCGACCACCCAUGAAACCAUCAGCCUGUCCAACGGCAACUCGCAUCUGCUGGCCAACGUGAACAAUCUCCUCCAGCACCAUCCGCCAGCCAUGGCCAGUGUGGUCACUACCCCCUCGAAUGGCCACCUGGGCACCACCACGGCCAUCCUGCUGAACUCCACCUCCUCCGCCUCGUCCAGUUCAUCCAACCAGUCGACGGCCCGCGAGGCACAGAUCAAUCAGCUGUAUGCCCAGGUGCACAAGGAUCCCAGCAAGCAGCAGCAUCAGCAGCAGCAGCAGCAACAACAGCAGCAGCAGCAACAGGCUCAGGCGGUGACCACCAGUAUUCCCAACAUGUUCAAGAAUGCCAUAGGAUCCCCGGCGGACAACGGGCUCAACGACUUCCAUCGUGGCAGUAUGACCACCUUUGGAACGGGCCCAGCCAGUAGCAGCAAUCGUGAUCUCAACAGCUCUUACGACUCCAUCCUGGGCUCCAACGACAAGCUCGCCGAGAAUGAGCCAGCGGAGAGUUGGAUGUAUCCAAGUCGCAGGCGGGUGGCGCCCAAUGGCAGCAAGGUUCCACUGCCCGGAUCCAGCUUUACGGAUCAACUCAACCAGGCGCUGUCCGAUCGCGAGAGGCGCCUCGGCGAUGGAUCCUCGCGACAUUCCAGCGAUGAUUACACGGAGAUCAACAAGAGCCAGAGCGCCGCGGCCAUUAACUGCAAGACGCUGAUCAACGAGAUCCGCCAGGCGGUGAACGAGGCCCAGCCCAAAGUUAAACAAGUCGUUCCACAAUCACUCUCCCCGCCCGGCACAGUGCCCUGGCAGCAGCAGCACCACCAGCAGAUCCAGCAGCAGCCGUCCGCCCACACCACCGGCCCGCCCUCGCCCACCAGCAUGUCCUCCGGCUGCUCCUCGCCGGGCUACUCGCCCAGCCGCACCCUGGAUCUGUCCGGAUCCAGUUCCAGCUUCUCCGACCGCAAGGCGUUGGCAGCUGGCUACACCUACAAGGGUGGACCUGUUCACGAAUGGACCAAGGAUCAGGUGGGCCACUGGCUGAUGGGCAUUGAGCUGGAGCGCUACAUCACCGUCUUCAAGGAGCACAACGUGGAGGGCGGAGCGCUGCUCACCCUGGACUCGAAGGACUUCAAAACGCUGGGCGUGUGCGGCGACGACAAGCACCGGCUGAAGAAGCGCCUGAAGGACCUGAAGGCCAACAUCGAGAAGGAGCGCAAGGACAUGGAGAGGGAGAGGCGCGAGCGCGAGAAGGCCAUACGCAAGGCCGAAAAGAAGGCGGCCAAAAAGAAGUAGUUGAAUUCUAGUUGAUAAGCAUCAAAGUAGCCAAAAACCAAAAGCAUACGCAGUAUAUAUUGUAGUCUAUAUAUAUGCAUACAGAACACACACAAGAAAAAAAACACGCGCGUAUAUAUAAACAUAUAUCUAAUCGGUUAUAUAUUUAUAUGCAUGUAAUGAUAAUAUAAUUUAUUUGUACAACACACAUCUAUUAUACAUACGUACUACAUUUUAACCUAUCAAACCUAAUGGCAACUAGACGUAAUUAUUCUAAAAGAAAGCGAGGAAAGCAGCAAGUAGAAGGUCAGGAGCGUUAGAGUAGCAGUAGAUCUCGGUUAGAAUUGACCCCGAAACCCAGACUCGAACAGGGCCCAAAAUCCAACCGAUGGCACUCAGACUUCCCCGACAAAAACACGAACUCACAACCAAAAGAAGAAGCUAAGUAACUAACAAAAAAGGCGUUGGACUGACUGAUUUUUAUGAUUAAUUUAAAAAACAUAAACGAAAACAAAAAAAAAAAAACAAAACGAAUGGAAUUCUUUUUUAAAAGCCAACCAAAACCAAAAAGAACCAUUUGAAUUGAGAAUGCAAACAAAAGCGUAGAACACUUAAGGAAUUCGCUGAACAGACUUGAACGGUUUAAGGGCAGCUUCAAUUAAAAUACAGAAUAUAAAGAUAAUAUUGUAAUAACGUUUAAGUUAAUCCAAGGCACGUUCAAGAGAGUGUCUCGUUUUUUUCUAAUUAUUAACCUGUGUAAUUUAUUGACUAGCGCAUGUUUAAUAAUAUUCAAUUCUAGAUAUAUAUGUGUGUGCAACAUCGUAUUGUCAAGACAUCUAUGAAACGUACUAUCCCCCUUAAAAUAAUGCUAAAGUAUUGUACUGUAUGCUAUGCCUGAAAGUCAUUUAAGUACUUAAGUAGAGAAGCUAGAGAAGUCUGUGUUUUCUGUUACCAAGCGGGCUGUUCGGAAAGUUUCUAGCUGAGAUAUAGUAGAGAUAGUAUGUCUUAUACCGAUGGUUACUUUCCGGGCAGCCAAAGCAGCCAAAUCAAUGCAAAAUGUCCACCCCAAUUUGUUAAGCAGCCAAAAAGAAAAAAAAACAAGAAAGCAAGCUUCAAGAGCGUUUUCUAUUCGUUAGCUAGUAUGUCUGUGUGAAUGGGCGUGACUGUGCCGUUGUUUUCACUUUGUUUUUAAUUUGUAUAAAUAUUUAUAGAACACUUAGUAUUUGUAUUUCGUAUUCUUAGUUGCUUGUAUUUACUUUGUAUACUUGUGUUGCGUACGUAGUUUUAUUUACCUUAUAAUUUCGAAAUGUUGCAAUAAAACCGCAUACAUAUGCCGGUGUAUGUAUGAUAAACCAA